AGGGCGCACCCGGUAGAAGGCAGAGAGAGAGCGGCCGCCUGCCGGCUGGGAAGGACAGGUUGUCAGCGUGUGGUGACCGGAGAAGGAUGCUACGGGCCGCGAGCUGUGCUUCCCUGCUGCUGGUCCUCCGGGCAGUUGUGGGCCUACCUUGGUUCCAGACCAUCGGAGCUGUACUAAUAUUUUACCUUGGGUCCGGAGGAUGGAAAUUCAUGAAGAUAUUUUGCAAGACCAUACGCCGAGACUUGCAUGGUGCCAUGACGCUGUUAAGGGUGAAAUUGCAAGUCAAAAAGCACCUGCGAGAGAAGAGCACAAUCCCCAGGAUAUUCAAGGAAUGCGUGAAACGCCACCCAAACAAAACCGCGCUCAUCUUCGAAGGCUCGGAUGCAACGUGGACAUUCAAAGAGCUUGAUGACUUCUCCAAUGCGGUGGCUAACUUCCUUCAUGCUGAAGGGUAUCGCUCUGGGGAUGUGAUAGGGCUGUUUAUGGAAAACUGCAACGAGUACGUGGGUCUGUGGCUGGGCAUGGCAAAAAUCGGAGUGGAGGCCGCUCUCAUCAACUUCAACUUGCGUCUCGAUGCCCUGGAGCACUGCUUCAGCGUUUCAAACUCCAAAGCUGUGGUGUUCGGGAAGGAGAUGUCCCAAGCAAUGUCUGACGUCUCCUCCAUGAUGGGGAAAUCCGUGCGUCUCUACUGCUAUGGCGAAUGUGACCCAGCAAUUGUUCCCUCCAGGACAGAGUUCCUGGCGCCCCUACUGCAGAGUGCAUCACGGCUUCCACCCAAGGACCCUGGAAGGGGAUUUACAGAUAAAUUAUUUUAUAUUUACACAUCCGGUACAACUGGACUACCAAAAGCGGCUAUCGUCGUGCACAGUAGAUAUUUCAGAAUGGCAGCACUGGUGUUUUAUGGUUUUGGAAUGCGGUCUGAUGACGUGAUGUAUGACUGUCUUCCUCUUUACCACUCCGCAGGUAAUAUAGUUGGGAUGGGUCAGUGUAUUCUGAACGGUAUGACCGUGGUUAUAAAGAGGAAAUUCUCUGCCUCCCGUUUCUGGGAUGAUUGUGUAAAAUACAACUGCACGAUUGUUCAGUAUAUCGGAGAAAUCUGCCGCUAUCUCCUGAACCAGCCAGUGCGAGAGGCAGAAGGAAAGCAUCGUGUACGCAUGGCGCUUGGAAACGGUUUGCGUCCCGCCAUCUGGACGGAGUUUACUUCUCGCUUCCAUAUCCCACAGAUAGCAGAGUUUUAUGGAGCCACAGAGUGUAACUGUAGCCUGGGAAACUUCGACAAUAAUGUGGGAUCCUGUGGGUUCAACAGUCGUAUUCUUCCCUUUGUGUAUCCAAUCCGGUUAAUGAAGGUCAAUGAGGAGACGAUGGAACUGAUCCGAACCCCUGAGGGCAUCUGUAUACCCUGCAAGCCAGGGGAGCCAGGGCAGCUGGUUGGACGCAUCAUACAGUCAGAUCCGCUGCGCAGGUUUGAUGGUUACGUCAACGAGAACGCAACCAAUAAGAAGAUCGCAAAUAAUGUCUUCAAACGUGGGGACAUGGCUUAUCUCACAGGAGAUGUCCUGGUGAUGGAUGAGUUGGGUUACAUGUACUUCCGGGAUCGUACUGGGGACACAUUCCGGUGGAAAGGAGAAAAUGUCUCCACUACUGAAGUGGAAGGAACAUUAAGUCGGCUUCUCGGACAAGCAGAUGUGGUAGUCUAUGGAGUGGAGGUGCCAGGAACGGAGGGCAGGGCUGGAAUGGCUUCCGUUGCUGACCCCAACCAUCAGUGUGACCUUGACAAAUUUGCUAAAGACCUCAAACAGGCAUUGCCAGGGUAUGCACACCCAGUCUUCCUGAGGCUAUUGCCAGAAGUAAACAAAACUGGGACAUACAAAUUCCAGAAAACUGAUAUGCGGAAGGAAGGUUUCAAUCCACAGCUGGUGAAAGAUCCGUUGUACGUUUUGGACUCUCAGCAAGGAAAGUACAUCCCAUUGGAUGAAGAGGUGUAUAAUAAGAUCCAAUCAGGGAAGUUUAAGCUGUAACCUUUCUCUCCAUUGGUGGACUGCUGGUCACAUGAUGUCAGUUUAAAGGUUAAAUGCCGUAAACAUGGUGGGAAUCACUGAACAAUCCUGGAGCAUAUAUCAUUCAAGAAUAUUCACAUACCAAAGUAUUACAGUUCUGCUCUAUAUCGGGAAGAAAAGACUUGGGGUCCGGAACCUGCUGUUUAAAGGGAGAUUUCUAUUUUAAUUUUUUCUUCUAAUUUAUUUUUAGUUCACCUGGUUAAAAAAACAAAACAGAAAAUGGAACUACGAACUUACGAUAAGCUGCACACAUUUUUUUAAUUUUUUUCUGUUAAGUGACUAAAAACACUCCAUCGUUCUCAUUUACCUCCACAUUCCUGUGAAAACAAACACUAGAUGAUAGAUCAAAAAAAAUGCAUGAUUUUUAUUAAUUUAAGAACAACGUGAUCUGAUCAUAACGAUCCAGAACAUGUAUUAUGCAGACCCCGUUUUAAAUCUGCCUACACAAUGGAACAAAAAAAAAUAAUGAAGGGAAUUACAACUAAUAUUCAUUAAUAAAUCAUUUUAAUUAUUGCCAGAAAGUUAACUUACAACUGUGAGUAUGUACAUAGUAUG